AUGAUGAACGGAUCGAGUUCGGGUUCGUACGGAGCCGGCCCAGCUGGUACCGCCUUCGACCCGAUCGCAUUCAUCAGACGACCGCAGACCGUCCUGCGAUUACUGGCCUGGAUUUUCUCCAUGGCGGUGUUCGGCUCCAUAGUGAACGAGGGUUACGUCAACAUGGGCAGUGAGCGCCUGCAUUGCGUGUUUAAUAAAAACGAGGACGCUUGCAAUUACGGCAUCAUUAUAGGCGUCCUGGCCUUUUUGGCAAGCCUCUUCUUCCUGGCUCUGGACAUCUACUUCCCUCAGAUCAGCAGCGUUAAGGACCGGAAGAGAGCCGUGCUGCUGGAGAUGGCCUUCUCAGGUCUCUGGGCAUUUCUUUGGUUUGUUGGAUUUUGCUUCCUUGCCAAUCAGUGGAGUCACACUUCCCCUAAAGAGCUGCCGUUAGAGCAGGCCUCGGACGCGGCGCGCGCUGCCAUCGCCUUUUCUUUCUUCUCCAUUCUCAUCUGGGCGGGGCUGACAGUGUUAGCGGUGCAGAAGUUCCUCCUCGGGACCGACAUGGCGCUCUUCACCGCCGCUGAUGCUCCCAAACAGCAGUAUCCAUCCAACGAUGAUAUCGGCCAGACCACCAUAGAGAAGAGCCCGUCACUCAUCGAGACGGUGGAGACACGCCCGCCUGGCUACCAAAUCCCACCUGCUUUCUAAGCUGGCGGCCAAUAAGAAGAGAGGAGGCGGGAGGGGAGGAAAGGGUUUCGUUCUGAUACUGAUGUCAACACACCCACUGCUUUUGUGUUGGGAAUCUCUAUAAGGCUUUCUCCAAUACUUCUGUACCUAUACUCAGAUACUCUGUGGCCAAAAGUAUGUGGACACCAUUCUUUUUUAGCCACACUAGACAAAUCCAAUUGAACAUCAACAUUUUGUAA